UAGAGGGCUCCCGCUCUCCGCUCUCCACAUGGGAGGCCGGCAUUACUCAGGUGGAUGACAUCAAGGUGGGAGUUGGGCUGGCCCAGGGCUGGGAAGAGAGGACAGGGCUGUCCAUCGGUCAGCCGGAGGCAACCCAGCGCUGAAGGGGUUAAGGCCAGUCAGCAUGUGUGGCUGUUAAUGAUUGCUACCCACCAGGGACCUGAAGAUGAAUGGAAUCACAUAAAGUAAAAUCGUCAUCGUCGUCGCCGUCGUCAUCACUUUGAAGAUAAGAUAAUCCAAGCUGGGGCACAAGAUCAGAAUGAACACUCCCCGCAAACUUCCCCUCCCUGAGAUAUCCGCCGCUCCCCGCCGCACACACGCUCACGCGCGCGUACACGCUACCAACAGUGACCGGGACUAAAGAGCCCGCGAGAGCGCAACCUUUACCCUGCCGUCUGGGGCUUCUUUCCAGCCCAGGGCAGGGGCUCGGAGAUAGUGCGGCGAGACCCCAGGGAAGGACACGGUGGGGAAGGGAGGAAACCUGACUCUGGCCCCCUGAUUUGUGAUUUCCCCUCCGUUGGCUACUAAGCCAGCUCAUCUGCUUUCUAUCUGAGCCACAAUGAAAGACGGAACACAUUUCUGCACCCAGUGACUGGCCAGGUCCCAGAAGAAAACAAAAAAUUUAACUUGAAAACAUCGGCCUUGGACAUGUCCAAUAAAGCAGGUGGAAAACGCCCGGCUAUCACCAACAGCGACACAUCCAACCACAACAUGGUGUCCGAGGUCCCCCCAGAGCGGCCCAGCGUCCGGGCAACCCGAACAUCCCGCAAAGCCAUCGCUUUUGGGAAGCGCUCACACUCCAUGAAGCGGAAUCUCAAUGCACCUGUCACCAAGGCGGGCUGGCUCUUCAAGCAGGCCAGCUCCGGGGUCAAGCAGUGGAACAAGCGCUGGUUCGUCCUGGUGGAUCGCUGUCUCUUCUACUAUAAAGAUGAGAAGGAGGAGAGCAUCCUGGGUAGCAUCCCGCUCCUGAGCUUCCGGGUGGCGGCAGUGCAGCCUUCGGACAACAUCAGCCGAAAACACACCUUUAAGGUGACCACGUGCUGGGUGGAUGAGGCCAGGGCCAGUUCCACGCACUGCCUCUCCCCACAGGCUGAGCACGCUGGGGUCCGCACCUACUUCUUCAGUGCCGAGAGCCCCGAGGAACAGGAGGCCUGGAUCCAGGCCAUGGGGGAGGCUGCCCGAGUACAGAUCCCCCCAGCCCAGAAGUCGGUGCCCCAAGCUGUGCGUCACAGCCAUGAGAAGCCAGACUCAGAGAACAUCCCUCCUAGCAAACACCACCACCAGCCGUCCCACAACAGCCUCCCCAAGCCCGAGCCAGAGGCCAAGACUCGAGGGGAGGGUGACGGCCGGGGCUGCGAGAAGGCAGAGCGGAAGCCCGAGAGGCCUGAAGUCAAGAGCGAGCCUCUGGUGAAAGCCAAUGGCAUCCAAGCCGGACCGGAACCAUCCUCGGAGCCGGGCAGCCCUUACCCCGAGGGCCCAAGGGUCCCAGGGGGAGGAGACCGGCCCGCCCAGCCCAAUGGCUGGCAGUAUAGCUCCCCGAGCCGGCCGGGGAGCACAGCUUUCCCGCCUCCGGACUCAGAGAGUGGGGGGCACCAGCGGAACUUCCCCCCACGUGCCAACCCCGACAAGAUUGCCCAGCGCAAGAGCUCCAUGAACCAGCUGCAGCAGUGGGUGAACCUGCGCCGGGGGGUGGCGCCCCCUGAAGAUCUCCGGAGUCCCUCUAGGUUCUACCCCGUGUCCCGCAGGGUCCCUGAGUAUUAUGGCCCCUACUCCUCCCAGUACCCUGAUGAUUACCAGUACUACCCACCAGGGGUGCGGCCCGACAGCAUCUGCUCAAUGCCAGCCUAUGAUCGGAUCAGCCCACCCUGGGCCUUGGAGGACAAGCGUCACUCCUUCCGCAAUGGAGGCGGCCCUGCCUUCCAGCUUCGGGAGUGGAAGGAGCCUCCGGGCUACGGGCGGCAGGAUGGCACCAUCUGGCUCCCCGGCCCCUCCCCCUCCCGGCAGCCGGUCUAUUAUGAUGAGCUGGAUGCCACAUCCGGCUCCCUGCGCCGCCUGUCCCUGCAGCCCCGCUCCCACUCCGUGCCCCGCUCGCCCAGCCAGGGCUCCUACAGCCGUGCCCGCAUUUACUCCCCCGUCCGCUCACCCAGUGCCCGUUUUGAGCGCCUGCCACCUCGCAGCGAGGACAUCUAUGCUGACCCCGCUGCCUAUGUGAUGAGGCGAUCCGUCAGCUCCCCCAAGUAUGAUUACCUGGGAGACAGGCGGCCAGUCCCUGCAGGACUGUUCCCCUACAACUACCCACCAUCCCCCACGGCCCACGAUAAGAUGAUGAGUGAGAGCGAGACUCUCAUCAGUAUGGUGAACCGCAUGGUGGAAAACUCCUCCCCCAGGGCCCAACUCUUCAUGCAAGUCCCUCCGUACCCAGAAGUGUUCCGGGACGGCCUCCACACCUACAAGUUAAACGAGCAGGAUACAGAUAAGCUGCUGGGCAAACUGUGUGAACAGAACAAGGUGGUGAGGGAGCAGGACCGGCUAGUGCAGCAGCUCCGAGCUGAGAAGGAGAGCCUGGAAAGUGCCUUGAUGGGGACCCACCAGGAACUGGAGAUGUUUGGAAACCAGCCCGCCUACCCGGAGAAACUGCUGCGCAAAAAAGAGUCCCUGCAGAACCAGCUCAUCAACAUUCGGGUGGAGCUGUCACAGGCGACCACGGCCCUGACGAACAGCACCAUAGAGUAUGAGAACCUUGAAUCCGAGGUCUCUGCCCUGCACGACGACCUCUGGGAGCAGCUCAAUUUGGACGUCCAGAAUGAGGUACUCAACCGGCAAAUCCAGAAGGAAAUCUGGAGGAUCCAGGACGUGAUGGAGGGGCUGAGGAAAAAUAACCCGUCCCGGGGCACGGACACGGCCAAGCACAGAGGAGGCCUUGGCCCCACGGCCACCUACAGCUCCAACAGCCCCGCCAGCCCUCUCAGCUCUGCCAGUCUCACCAGCCCCCUGAGCCCCUUUUCACUGGUGUCCGGCUCACAGGGGUCCCCCACCAAGCCCGGAUCCAGUGAGGAGCCCGGCCCGCCGCGGCCCCCCCUUCCCAAAGCCUACGUCCCCCUGGAGUCUCCUCCAAACGUGCCUCCACUCCCUAGCGAGAGCCGCUUCUGGCCGUACCCCAGCUCCCCUUCCUGGCACCGCCGUGGCGAGCCAGCCAGGGGUCAGCCCAAGGCAAGCUAUGAGCAAAGCAAGAAAGACCCCCACCAGACGUCACCCCUGGACACCGCCAGAGACAUCAACCUGGUGCCCACCAGGCAAGAGGCGGAGGCAGAGAAGCAGACAGCUCUCAACAAAGUUGGCAUUGUGCCGCCUCGGACGAAGUCGCCCACCGAUGAAGAGGUAACCCCGUCAAGGGUGGUGAGGAGGAGUGCCGACGGGCUCACCAACGGACUCUCCUCCCGGCAGGAGCGCCCCAAGAGUGCCGUGUUCCCUGGCGAGGGCAAGGUCAAGAUGAGUGUGGAGGAGCAGAUCGACCGCAUGCGGAGGCACCAGAGCGGCUCUAUGAAGGAGAAGCGAAGGAGCCUGCAGCUCCCGGCCAGUCCGGCCCCCGACCCUGCUACGCGGCCCGCCUACAAAGUGGUGCGCCGUCACCGCAGCAUCCACGAGGUGGACAUCUCCAACCUGGAGGCGGCCCUGCGGGCAGAGGAGCCUGGUGGGCAGGCCUACGAGACGCCGAGGGAGGAGAUCGCCCGGCUCCGCAAAAUGGAGCUAGAGCCCCAGCACUAUGACGUGGACAUCAAUAAGGAGCUGUCCACGCCGGACAAAGUCCUCAUCCCUGAACGGUACAUUGACCUGGAGCCCGAUACUCCCCUGAGCCCCGAGGAGUUGAAGGAGAAGCAGAAGAAGGUGGAGAGGAUCAAGACGCUCAUUGCCAAGUCCAGUAUGCAGAACGUGGUGCCCGUCGGCGAGGGGGACCUUGUGGACGUGCCCCAGGACUCAGAGAGCCAGCUGCAGGAGCAGGAGAAGCGGAUUGAAAUCUCCUGUGCCCUGGCGACCGAGGCCUCCCGCAGGGGCCGCAUGCUGUCUGUGCAAUGUGCCACCCCAAGCCCUCCCACCUCCCCUGCUUCCCCGACUCCACCAGCCAACCCCCUAUCGUCUGAAUCCCCACGGGGCACCGACAGCAGCCAUACCAUGCGGGUCUGAGCUCUGACUGCAAGCCCUGGCCGAGGCCAACGCCGUGAAGCUGCACAGAGCCACGUUCUGAAGGCCGCCUCUGCCCCCCGAGGUCCUGGUCCCCCACCCCGGCCCCCCGCGCCUGCGCUCCCGUGGGAAUGCUGCAGGGAGCCAGGCUGGGGGCCAGGGUUGCCGCCGAGAGGAUGCCUCAGUGUCCACACGCCCGCCACGCCCGGCCCCGAAGCCCCUCGCUACUCAGAUGGUGGUCCUUGGCCAGGGCCUGAGAGGGCGGGCAGGGAGCACCCUCCUGUCUGGUGCCCAAGUCACAGGGAGCUAGGCCUGGCCCUGCCCGGGCUGGUGAUGGCCUUACUGGAACAUUUCCUGAUGAAGAGGAUGCCCUGGUGGGAGAGACGCCCUGGGCCGUCUUAGGUUAGGACUAGGGGAAGAUGGACACUCUGCCUCUUCUGGGCCCUCUUGACACCGAGGACGGCACCUGCCAUCAUGUCCUUCCCCCAUCAGCCCCACCCUACUGCCCCGGCUGUACCCAGGGCUUUGACACAUCUCUGCUUAUGGGUGCUCCUUUGGGGUCCAGUGGAGACUGACCACCCUGCUUGAGCCAAAGACAAGAUGACAAGACGUGGGGAGAGGCUCCUCGGCUCCCGGAGGGGACAGUGCUGGCUGUGGGUAGAGAGCAGCACGCAGGUCUGUGCAGCGUCUGAGGGCAGGUUGAGAAGGGGUAGAAGAGAGAAAGGGAGAGUUGGAGGCGAGUGGGAGGGAGGACAAGGAAGCAGCAGGAAUCGUUUGCAAGAAAAAGGACAAGGCAGAGAUGCAAAGAGGGGGUAUGGGAUUGGUUUCCCCAGGAUGGAGCCUUAGCUUCGUGCCAAGUACAGUGCCAGACUGUCAGCUCCGCUCCUCCACCGGGUCCCCCAGAUCCGCGGGCUGCCCGCACACUGGCUCCCGGAGGACCCACCAGCAAGCACGUGGGGGCCUGAGGCCGUGGGGACGAAGGUGUGGGGAUGCUGGUGUGGGUGAGCAGGUUGGAAGAUGGCUCUUUCUUAGGUCUGGGCCUAGCGUCUGCCUCCCCCUACUAGGCUCAGGGUCCGAGAGAAGGACCUGUCUUCUGUAGGGUGUAGUCAGCCUUGGGGCCUUUCCUAACCUUGUUCGGGACAUUUCCUUGUCCCCCUUCCCCUUGGAAUGGGCUGUGGGCCAGCUGAGCGAGUGCCCUGGAGAGGUAGCACAGCCUUAAUCUGGGAGGCCAGAUUCUAGGACCCCACCCCGCAUUCCAGGCGUCCGGAUGAGGCUGUAUGGAAGGACUCCCUUCCGGCCUGGCUGUCUCACAAUCCACCUACCCAGGGAGGCCAGUGGAGGAGACACAGAAGCAAAGCUCAUUCUUCCUCCUCUGCGGCUCGUCUUCGAGGACUGUAGCCAGAGAGGAGGGAGGGAAGAGAGUGAAGCUGGAAAAACCUCGGCCCCUGGGCCUUCUCUCUGCCAGAGCUGAUGCCCGGAGACUUCCCAAGAACGACUACUUUAUCUGCCGCCAAGUCUUCUCCACCCCUUCACGGCUGGGACAGUUACUGGUUCAUAUGCAAGUAAAAAUGGCAGUUGAUUCAACAAAUAUUUAUCAAGCACCUUUUAUGUACCAGGCACUGUUCUAGGUGCUUAGGAUAUUCUCGUGCUUCUGCGGGAUUGCAGGCUGGGGAGUUUCACUUCACUUUUAGCAGAGGUGUUGACCGUGACCUUUGGCUACAUUUCCCAUCUUUAGCACAGCUUGAGCACCCCAAACCUGUUUUUUUUUCCCUCCCCUACACACUGGCGGGCGGGAUUGGCCCUCUCUCUCUUUCCAGCACCUUUCUCCACCCACAAGAAACGGCUCUUUGGGGGCCUUCCAUGCCUUCUCCUUUCUUUGUCCGUCUCUCCUUUUUUAAAGUGGUAUUUUUAGAACUACAUGUAAAAUACCAAGGAUUAACGCCUGCCACCUCGCUCUCACCUCCUGUUUCAUAAAGCUGGCUCUUUAUGUUGCUUUACAUGCCUUAAUAUAUGUUUUAUGAAGAUUAUACAUAUUAUAGAUAUAUACAUAAUAUAUAUAUUUGUUUGGAUGUCUGGUCCUUUCCCAGAACUCCUGCCCAGGCCCAUUUUCUCCCCUUCACUUUCCACACCAUUCCUACCUAGCACGUUGUGGCCACACCCCAUGCCUUUUGAUCCAAAGAAGGGGAGAGGACAGACUUAUUUUAAGACAGAUCUAUUUUACGCUUUUAUUAUAAAAGCAAAUCUAUUUUCAAAAUGUGCAAUGUCUGAAUGGAAUUGGCCAAUGGUAGGAGGAGACUGGGGCGGCUGCCUCUAGGUCCGACCCUGUGUCCUUCCCUAUCCCCCCACCCCCACCGCCCCCACCCCCCGGCAGCUUCCUCCUCCUAUUCUCCAGUCUGCAAAGGACCAGUCCCCCAGAGCUCACCCAGAGAGCAUCUUACCAGGGCAUCCAGGCUCUUGGAAGUCCUGGUCUAAGGAUUUGAUUACAACUGUCAACUCUUGAUGACCGUCUAAGGUUACGGGAUGUGAAUCCUCUCAAAGGAAAUGUUUACAGUUGUGUGCACAAAAGCACACCCGUGCGGGCACACACACUCCCCCGAUGUGCUCCUGGACCUCCUCCCUUCAUCGGUCUGCUGGAAAGGGCAGACAGUUUAAUGGCAGCCUAUGCUAAACAGCACCAAGAAUUCUGUUCCCUGAUGGAGCCAGGAUGCAGUGCAAAGGCCAAAGGAAAACAGUUUGGGAUCACAGGUCCUUCAGCACAGACACAUUCAAGUUCCUCGGACUUCUCACACUCCUUGAUCCCUUUCCGGUCUGGGUCACAUCGACGACCUCUGUCUCCCUCUGUGACCUUUCCUCUGGGGGCUGUUGAUAAGGGGACGGUACCUCGGUCUGGCAUCCAGACUGCGAAGUCAGCUUCUGGGCUGAAGCGAGUCCCACGGACAAGGUAACAUCUCACAGCCUUGCCCAGGAAGCCCCCCGGGACUUUCAUCUGGAGGGCUGCCGCUGGGGCGCUGAACUCCGCCGGCUCGGCUUUCCACGCUCUUAUCCGCCCACAAAGUAGGCAAGGGGCUCUUGCCUUGCAAGGUUUCGGGCAGAAUGGAAGUCUUUUGUCCAGAUCCGGAAUCAAAGGUUUGGGACUGUCACAGAGCUCCUGGCCAGCAUUUGAAGCCUGACCUCCCAACUCUGACAUUUACUGACACCCUAUUCCCAGCCUGGAGCAUCUUGUUAUGAAUGAACGGGGCCCAGACGGAGGCCCAGGGCUAAGUGACCCACCGGGAGACAGCCCUGGUUACUAUUCUAGGGCCUUCCCAAUUAGCACAUUACCUUCCUGAUCAAUAACCAAGAGGCUGUAAUCAAAUACCGCUACUGUCACUUUAAAGAUUUUUCUGAGGUCGCAAGCUGUGCAUACUUGCUCUCCUGCCUUGGGGAGAGGCAUGGUCUUGGGGCAGGGCUGAGAAUAGCAAGACGGAAUCAAUUCCUUUCCCCUGUAGGCACCCCCCACCUGGCAGCUCUUAAAACUAAGGAAAAUAUGAAAUAUACGUAUAUAUACAUAUAUCUAUUUAUGCACAUACUGGGGCCAAUUUGAUUUGCUAGCAUUAGACAAUAAACCAUACAAGGAAAUGUAUGAUCUCAGUGUCUUUAUUUAGUAUAAAAGUGACCUUAGAAGAAAAGUCAAAGUUAGAUAAACAGAGGGCAUCUCUGUUGGGGACCAAACAUCUGUAGCAGCUGCUUUAGCAUCUUUCUAGCCAACAAGCCCCUCCCCGGGGAGGGGCCUCCUGACUGAGAGUGAACGUUCGCUUCCCCGCCCCGCAGCAUUCUUUCUAGAUCUAGGUACUGAAGAAUCCCAGUGAGCUCUGCAUUUGUAUCUUGCAAGUUUGUAUAAACCCAAUACAGGAAAUAAAAUGAAUGGUUUGUA